AUGGGUCGUGUUGUAAACGUUCUGAUUAUAUUUUUAUGUUUUACAAUAAUACAAUUUGAGAUUUCCUAUACAAAAUUAUUCGUAAAUACUAGAGACGACAUUGGUGCAUUACAAGAAGCAGCUCAUGAAAUGACAAGCCGUAGAAAAGUAAGUCCCAAUUUCAGCGUUGUUAGAUUACAAAGUGCAUCGUGUUUGAUAUAUUACUAUGAUAAAGAAGAACUGCAAGUUCUUCAGGAUUCCAACGAUAAAAAUAAAUCGUUAUCAAAAUUUUAUGUUUGCAUGAACUGCGUAUUCGCCGAAUGGAUUCGAAAAAAAUUAUAUGAAUUCGUUCAAGAAUUUCCAUUGUUAUAUCAAUCGAAAUUUAUGGACGAAUAUGACACAUACAAAUCUGAUUUUAACAAAUCACUUGCAGUUUUAAACGGAAUUAUGAAACAAACAGUACGGUUCAUAAAUAUACUGUUCAAUUUUUUGAAUAUAGUAACUUACAGUGCAUUUAUGGAUAUAGAUUUGUUAAAAACAUUGUUGUCGUUCAGUUUUAAAAUCAACUAUAUAAAUAAUCUUCAAUAUCAAUAUGAGUACGACGAAAGAUUAAAAGCCGAAAAAACAGAUCAUGUUGUAAUUCCUAAAAUUCUCCAAGUCAUAAACGAUAUUCAAAAAUGUAUUUUAUUUAAUUGUGACAUUACAUCUGAUUAUGCAAAUAAACAAUUUUAUGGCUAUUGGACGACCGACAGUGAAGCAACCGAAAAUGGCAUAAACGAAUUCCUUCGGGAAAUAAAGCCAAUGAAUUUAGAAACAGUACGUGAGUAUUGCAGUACGAAACAAAUGUUAUUGGGCAAUAUACUAGUAGAAAUUGAAGAGACUAACACUGUAGCAAAGGAUUUACAAAAUGUGGUUUUCCAAAUUAAAUGUGAAAACGUUUUAUCAAGAAUGAAUGCUCAAAAAUUCUUCGAAAAAAUUCAAUUUUCUGAUAAUCUGGAAGUGAUAUUCUGGUAUAUGAAAUCGGUUUACGUUGCAAUCGUACAAUUAAUAAGCAAAAAAACGUUCCCAAUAGUAGACAAUUUAAUAAAAAAACAAGGCCGAAAUAAUGUCGUAAAUUUGAGUAUAGAUUUGUUUGAAGGAUUUAAAACAAUGCAUUUUUUCUUUUCAAUUUAUUCGGAUCUGCCGUUAGAUUUAAUUGAAAGUUUUAAAAGUUUAGGUGAAAAAAAGCUCAUUGAAAUUCAUACACUAAAGAAUGUACGGGAUCAUUUAAAAACGUAUAACUCUAAAGAAAUGGAUAACUCGAAUUUCAUCCUAAAUCUUCCAGAUGUUGAAAUUAUAAUAGCACAUUCUUUAGUCACACCAUUGGAAAAUUUUAUGAACUCAAUGAUUAAUAAAAUUUCUGAUUACAAAUGUUUUGUUAAUUUACUAGAAUUUCUAUACGUAGAAUACGGUAGAUAUUACACGCCUCACAUGAAAAACGUCAAAAAAGUGUUCACCUUCAUGGAAGUAGAACUAUGCAAAAAUAGUGCACGAGAGCAAUACAAACCCCUAUAUAAGUUGUAUGAGUAUUUUAACGUUGAAAAUAGUAAACCGAGUAUGUCCACAUCCGUGUAUCUUGCUAAUAAUUAUGAUUCUGCAGUCAAAAACAGCUGUGACUUGGUUGUAAAAUUGUAUCAGUAUUGUUUUGAGACAUUUAUAAUUCUUAACAAUAGUCAACGUAAAUAUAAACUUAACGGUGAAAUCGAUUUUGACGAAGUCAAAGAAAAUCUCAACUCUAUCAUGCAAUUUUUAUCAAAUUCAACUAUUAAGUUUGAAAAUACCCCCCUUAAUAGUAUUACAUUUAAUUUGGUUCCGUUGAUGCCAUUUAUAGCGGUCCGCCUUUACAAUGAAGGUAAUUAUCCUGAAAUAAAAAGGUUGAUGUAUGUGAUCAUGUCUGAACUAAAUACGUACGGAAUAGACUACUGUGUCCCGCCAAGUAAUAACUAUUUGCUAUUUAACAAUAUUGAUUUGAAUAUAACCGGUAAACAUAACACAUAUUUUAUGGAAUGGCAAAAGUGCAUCAACUUAAUAAGCAUGAAAAAGAAUUUCCCUAACUAUUCAGAUUUGAUUAAAAUAUUUAUGGACCAAUACAAUAAUUUUAUCGUUUUCUACGAUCUAAUUGUAUUGUUUAAGUGGAAAGGCGAAUUAAAACCUUUUACCGAAAUUCUCUGGGACAUAAGUAAUACAAUUACUACUCCAAUUUAUAGAAACGCAUUAUACGAUCUUUAUUUUAAAUUAGUUCUCGCUGUUAUAUAUUACGAAUCGCAAUCGUUUAUGAAAAACUUAAAGACAGAUAAAAAUAAAUUGAAUGAACAAGUUAUUGAAUCUUAUGAUGACUAUUUUUAUUCAAAAUUACAACCGUUGAGCAAUGUUUUUCCUCCAUAUUUUAGAAAUUUUGUUUCGAAUUACUAUUCAUAUAUGGUAUUAUACUAUUCAUUUAUAAAAAUGACAGAAGAUCAGAAUCCUACCAAAAUGUAUCGUUAUAAUGAAAAAAAAUUAAUUGAUGAAUUAAUAAUAUUUGGCGUUCAAUUAGAUAUCAAUGCAUCUAAACAGUCUCUUGCUGAAAUCCCUGGAGUUCCGAAAACAAAAUUUAGAUUGCCGUGGUCUAAAACGGAUACUUUAAAGGAUAGAUUAGAGACGUUUAUAAAUACCGUGGAUGAUUUAUUAACAACAGUUGAAGCAGUUAAAAAUAUAUUUAAUUUGUAUGAAUCAUAUUACACAAAUAUACCGGUAUAUUAAUUUUAAUGACGGUAAAAGUAUACAUAUUGCAAAGGAAAACUUUAUACACUCGAAUAAUGUUCACUGUCUACUGUGCAAACGGUACGCGUUAAUAAACAUUAUCGUAAACCUUCUAACUAAACGAACUGUUUCUUUAUCAAUAAAUUUCUUUAAUUUUUAAAUUUCGUUAUUUUUUGUGUAAAACGACGAUCUUACAAAGUAAAAGUACAAAAUAAAACAGAAACAGAUAAGUAUAAUCGAAUGGGUACCUAUUCUUCUUCUUUUCCUUCGUCACCAUUUCAGCUAUUUUGGGUCAGUCAGCUUUGUCUUAAAUUUCUACUUGACGCAAUUUCCCACCUCUCAUAUACUGGCUGUCCUUGAGGGGAAUUAAAAAAAUUAUUUUUAAUAAAAGUAAUUCGAUUUUAUACUAUUUCAUUGAAAAUUGUCAGAGUGACAAUAUUAAAUGCAAUGAAGGAGGCUUUAAACUAAAAUGGACUGAUAAUAUUAGAUUAAUUUAGUAGGACUCCAUCUUUCCUCUAUCGCUUUCAAUUUAACUUCUGGCUGUUAUUCGUAUCCGGAACAGCGGGCACCGGGCUAUCUUAUUGUAUCGAAUUUUCACAGUUGUGUUUACUUAAAAAUGAUUUUCAUCUGAAAUUUCAGUGAUGGGGGUUGCUUAAGCCAAAAAGUCCACUACAAAGCUACAAUACUGAAAUAGGUAAUCGUUCGGCCGUUCAUCUCAAUUUUUAUAUGGCCUAGCUAAAAAUACAUACCAAUAAAGAAACACCUAUUUUGGUUUUUAGAAAUAAAAAUACGUUACAUAUGUUACAUCAUACUAUAUUAUAUAGACACUUUUCAAUAUUAAUAUAAGUUUAAC